AUGUGUGGUAGCAACAAAAAAGAUGCUUCGCACGGCCCUGUGUCGCCGUUAUUGUUGAAUAAUAAAACCAAGAAAGCGAUGGAAUCAAUUGCCCCAAUAUUGGAAGGCUUCAGUCCCAAAACUUCUGCAAGUGAGAAUACUUCCUUCAAGCUGCCACCUCCAAGCAGUCCGUACCAAUCGCAUGUCGAUGACGAGAUAGGAUCUGAACUGGGAUUGUAUCGGACGUUGAGCAUGAAUUCUCAACACUCGUCUGCUUCGUCAAGACCCGGUUUAUCUCCAACUAACUCCUACGAUAACGCUCCAAUGGGAGCUGGACUGCAGAGGUUGAAGAGUAACUCAAAUUUAAAUCCGAAUAGUACUGCCGUUCCGGGAAGUUCUGCUUCAGUUUCAAGCCAGGCCACGUCUGAACAGGGACAAGGCACCAACGAUCAAAGCGGAAACGAAGUUAGCCCGGAAACAGCUACCAGUUCUGCUACAAGCUCUGCAGGCUCAUCCCGCAAGCCAUCGUCGAGCGUCUCAAAACCACAAUUACCCAAAAUCGGGAAAAUUGGAGUGUGUGCGAUGGAUGCUAAAGUGCUAUCCAAGCCUUGCAGACACAUUCUGAACAGACUGAUUGAAAACGGUGAGUUCGAAACUAUUAUUUUCGGCGACAAAGUCAUUUUGGAUGAAAAUAAGGAAAGCUGGCCCACCUGUGAUUUUCUUAUCAGUUUCUUUUCAUCUGGUUUCCCACUCAAUAAGGCCAUCGACUAUGUCAACCUCCGCAAACCAUUUUUCAUCAACGAUUUGGUGAUGCAGAAGGCUUUGUGGGACAGAAGACUUUGUCUCAAGCUUUUGGAUGUGUCUAAAGUACCAACACCUCCAAGAUUGGAGAUUAGUCGAGAUGGAGGACCCCGCGUUGAUGCUGCUUUGAAAGCCAAAUUGCUUGAAAAGGGUAUCGAUGUCAGACCUUGUAAGGAACCAGAAUGGAGAAUGAUUGAUGAAGAUACGCUGGAGGUGAAUGGAGUGAGAAUGUCAAAGCCAUUUGUGGAGAAACCAGUAGAUGGCGAGGACCACAAUGUCUACAUAUACUAUCAUUCCAAAAAUGGAGGUGGUGGCAGACGUUUGUUUCGUAAAGUGAGAAACAAAAGCUCAGAAUUUGAUCCUGCUCUGGUAUACCCACGUACCGAAGGUUCUUACAUUUACGAAGAAUUCAUGGACACUGAUAAUUUUGAGGAUGUCAAGGCUUACACUGUUGGUGAAGGGUUUUGUCACGCGGAGACAAGAAAGUCGCCUGUUGUCGACGGAAUCGUCAGAAGAAACACUCACGGGAAAGAAAUCAGAUACAUAACCGAGCUUUCUGCUGAGGAGAAGGAAAUGGCGAAGCGUGUGACCAACGCAUUCUCUCAAAUGAUCUGUGGCUUUGAUUUGUUACGUGUGAACGGGAAAAGCUAUGUUAUAGACGUGAAUGGGUUUUCAUUCGUGAAGGAUAACAGUGCAUACUACGAUGCAUGUGCAAAGAUUUUGAGAGAUACUUUCUUACAGGCCAAGAAGAGAAUGGAUCUUGAAAAACGCAACUUGCCAGUUAUCAAAGAGGAAAAAACUCAAAAGUGGGUUUUUAAAGGCUUGGUAACUGUCAUCCGCCAUGCAGACCGUACACCCAAGCAGAAAUUCAAACAUUCGUUCACCUCCCCGAUUUUCAUCUCGUUGCUAAAGGGUCACAAAGAAGAAGUGGUAAUCAGAAACUCAUCGGAUUUGAAGGUAGUACUACAGGCUUUGAUGAUUGCGAAAGAAGAAAACACCGAGGACCCUCAAAAAUUGAACGUCUUAGCUAGUGCCUUGGAGAAGAAGAUGGAUUUACCAGGCACCAAAAUUCAGCUAAAGCCUGUCCUCAAUUCUGAAAAGGAAGUAGAAAAGGUUCAAUUCAUUCUUAAAUGGGGAGGUGAGCCUACGCAUUCUGCACGUUAUCAAGCCACCGAGUUGGGAGAGCAAAUGAGACAAGACUUUGAUCUACUGAACAAAAAGAUUCUUCCCAACAUCAAAAUUUAUUCUUCAUCUGAAAGGCGAGUUCUGGCUUCAGCUCAACUAUGGGCAAUGGCUCUCUUUGGUGCCGACGAACUUGGUAGCGACGAGAUAUGCAUCAGGAAAGAUCUGCUGGAUGAUAGCAAUGCCGCUAAAGAUCUCAUGGACAAAGUGAAAAAACAACUCAAGCCAUUGUUAAGAGAGGGGAAAGAAGCACCUCCCCAAUUUGCAUGGCCCGCGAAAAUGCCCGAACCAUAUUUAGUGAUCAAGCGUGUCGUGGAGCUGAUGAACUUUCACAAACGUGUCAUGGACUACAAUUUCAGAACCAAAGAUGUCAGCGAAAUGCAGCGCAGAUGGUGUUGUGCAGAGGAUCCUACGCUUUUCAAAGAGCGUUGGGAUAAACUUUUCAAAGAGUUUGUCACAGUUGAGAAAGUCGACCCCGCUAAGAUCUCCGAGCUUUACGAUACUAUGAAAUAUGAUGCACUUCACAACCGUCAAUUCCUGGAACACAUUUUUGCACUGGAUGACGCUAGGGCAAGAGCUAAUUUGAACCUGUGCAAAGAUUCUCUUGUGGACCGUUAUCCCAUCAAUAUCUUGGCCAUGAACAACUUCAAAAUUCCAGACUCUUCGUCGCAGAGCGGCGGUAGCUCGAGUAAAUCCAGCAGUGUCGGGUCGUUGGGCUGGGUUCUAGAGAAGAACUCCAAUUCGACACAGUCGUCGUCGGUAUUUGACGACCCCAAGUUCAUGCAGUUGCGAGAACUUUACAAACUGUCCAAGGUCUUGUUUGACUUUAUCUGUCCGCAGGAGUAUGGUAUUGAGGAUGGAGAGAAACUCGACAUCGGCCUUUUAACCUCGCUCCCUUUGGCGAAACAGAUCUUGACUGAUAUUCACGAUAUGAGGAGCAAAGACGAGCCGGCGUGUGUUGCGUACUUCACGAAAGAGUCUCAUAUCUACACUUUGCUCAACAUCAUUUACGAGAGCGGACUUCCCAUGAGAAUAGCUCGUAAUGCGCUACCGGAGUUGGACUACCUGUCGCAGAUCAAUUUCGAAUUAUACGAAAGCACCGAUGCUACUGGUCAAAAGUCGCAUGCCAUCAGACUCAAAAUGUCACCUGGCUGCCACACGCAAGAUCCACUUGAAGUCCAGCUAGACGAAAAACACUACAUUAGCUGUAUUCCCAAGUUAUCCCUGACGAAGCAUCUAGAUCUCGACUACGUUUCUCAAAAAUUGAGAAACAAAUUCUCGCGAGUAAUUCUUCCCCAGAAAUUCACCCCGGUCAACAUCACAAGUCCAAAUCUAUCAUUUCACAGAUACCUUUCUGGACAGGACGAUGCCUGA